GCGGCGGCGCUCGAGAUAGCGUGUGUGACUGUCUUUGUGCGCGGGGAGGUUGGCACUGAGGCCGCCUGUUUGUUUAUCGCCUUCCCUCGCCGGCUGGGCCUCGAGGGCGCUCGCCGCCGCCGAGGGGAAGCGACUGUGCUGCGCGCGCGCUGGGACGGCCGCGACGUGGACCACAAGGCCGUCGGGGGCCACCUGCCCCUGAGCAAGCGCAACUCGACGCCCGUGGGGGCCGCCAUCCCCACCUCCAGCGCCCACGCCCAGCUGCUGCAGCAGGCCCACGCCGCCAAGGCCUCGCUCGCGCCCAUGGAGCCACAGAACCUGCACCGGCGGCUGGACCGCUCGCACUCGGAGCCCGUCAAGAGCGGCGACGCGCGCCAGCCCAACUCGUCGCGCUACAAGACGGAGCUGUGCCGCCCCUUCGAGGAGAACGGCCACUGCAAGUACGGCGAGAAGUGCCAGUUCGCGCACGGCCAGCUGGAGCUGCGCACGCUCACGCGGCACCCCAAGUACAAGACGGAGCUGUGCCGCACCUUCCACACCAUCGGCUUCUGCCCCUACGGCCCGCGCUGCCACUUCAUCCACAACGCCGAGGAGCGCCGCGGCUCCAACGCCGGCGCCCCCGGCUCCGCCCCACACGCCCCGCUCUCGCCCAAGGGCUCCCUGGGCGGCUCCGCCUACCCCGCCCACGCGCCGCUCUCCCGCCAGCAGGUCUUCCACAUGAGCUCGGCCAUGGGCGGCCCGCUCGGCUCCACAGCGGAGUCGCCGUCGCCGCCCGCGUCCUUCCACGGCUCGCCCACGUCCUCCGCGGGCUCCUUCUUCGACGACUCCUUCACGCUGUUCGCCGGCGGCAGCUACGGGCUGGCGGGCGCCAAGAGCUUCCUGGACGGCCUCACGGUGGGCCUGGGCUCCACCGGCAUGGCCGCGGGGCCCGGCUCGCCCGGCGGCUCCUCCUGCAGCGGCGGCAACGGCCGCCCCCUCAGCGAGUUCGACAUGGUGCGGGAGGGCGCGCUGCUGUCGCUGGCGGGGCUGGACACGCCGCCCGUGAGCCCCGUGGAGUCCCUGGCGGGCGACCUGGACUCGCUGUCGCUGUCGUCGUCGUCGCACUCCACGUCGCCCACGCCCGUCGCCUCCGCCCUCGACAUCUCGCGCUCGCUGCGCCUCCCCAUCUUCGAGCAGCUCUGCGUGCACGACUAGGACGUCCGCGCCCACGCUCUCCCCGCCCACGGGGACAAGCGGCCGCCCCUCGACGCGCCGCAACAGCUCAAGUUCGGUGUGAUAGUCACGGGCGUCGAGGCACAAGGACGACGGGACGGCUGAGCUGUGGACGGCGCCCGCACGCCCUCGCGCGUCCCGGAAGCGGGCGGGCGGGCGGUCGGAGGGCCCGAAGGGCGGGGCGCGGGCGCGCGUCGACGGAAGGGCGCCGCGCCCGGGCCGGCGUCAGCGGCGCCCGGGACUAGUCUGCCUCAACGAGCGUCGACGCCCACGCGCGCCCGUCCCGCGCCUCCGCCUCCCCGCUGCCUCCCCCCCGCCCACGCUGCGCCUGCCAGGACCAAGCCCGAGGGCGGGCGUGGCGACGAGGCCGCUCAUCACCCUUGGCGGAGGGAAGCGCCCCCCCCCCCCCCGGCCUCCCUCGCCCGCGCCGCCUCUCCCUCUCUCGCGGCUCCGUGCCUCCCCUCCUCCGCCUCUCCCCCCUCCUCUCGUCGCCUCUCUCCCGCCCCCGCCCGCACGCCCCCUCGAGCCGCACGCCCUCUCCCGCCCACCCAUCUAUUGCUUGUGAUACUUGGGGCGGCACGACAAAGUGAAGAGGAUAACACAGCCGCCCGCAACCUAGUUUAUGUAACUGGGCGGUCUUGUGGGCGUGUGUCGUCGACGGAGAUCGGAUGGGCGUAAGGGGGAACACGAAGUGAAAAUAAAAGGAAGGUGAAAACGGAGAGAGAGAGAGAAAGAGAAGAGAAAGAAAGAAAAAGAAAAGAGAGGAUGGGAAGAUUCGUAGGAAGGAGAGAGCACAGAGAAGAGAAGAGAAGAGAGGUGGAAAAGAGAGAGAGAGAGAGAGAGAGAAAGGGGAAUAAAAGUGGAAGGGAAGAAAAGCGCGAGUGCAAGAGAGAGAGAGGGGACAAAAAAGCCUCUUUUUAUAAGUGUUAAAACUUCCCAAUCAGCUGCUGUACAGAACAAAGUUUCAUUUUGACACCCCUCUGUUUUUUUGUGUAAUUACGAAAGAAACUAGCUUGUAUUUAUGUAAUUUAUUUAUUUGCGUGAAGUAG